GUUUUGUCAGAAUGUUGUGGAGGAGGCUUAUCUCCAAAGUCUGAUGGGUGUUGCGCGAGGAAAUCCUGCGCUGCACACGCUUCCAAGGGAGGGCAUUGGUCAGGCGAUAACGUGAAGCUGUUGACCAGUGAAAUGUGCGUUAUCUUAGAAGCCAGCGCGUUCCAGACGACGGCCUCAGCAUGGAACAACCUAGAACCCCCAUGCAGGCUGCCUGCAGCCACUAGAAGAGCAUUCUUCCGCGUAUGGCCGGCACGCUCUCGCGGCUGCAGCACUUUUCAACGUGCGCAAGUGAACAAUACUCCUCAACAAUACCUGCUGCACUUUAGCGAUAAACGAGCGCAGCUAGCACACGACCCAACAAUGCCGGUUCAGCAGAUGACUUCUAUGCGCAGCCAGUCCCUGGCUGGCGCUCCAGUGGCACCCGUCAAGGCGGGCCGCGCUGGCGUUUCGCGCCGUGGCCUGGCCGUCAGCGUCCGUGCUGAGAAGGUCGUGGGUAUCGAUCUGGGCACGACCAACUCGGCUGUGGCUGCCAUGGAGGGUGGCAAGCCGACCAUCAUCACCAACGCUGAGGGCGGCCGCACCACCCCCUCGGUGGUGGCAUUCACCAAGACCGGCGACCGUCUGGUUGGCCAGAUUGCCAAGCGCCAGGCUGUGGUGAACCCCGAGAACACUUUCUUCUCCGUAAAGCGCUUCAUCGGCCGCCGCAUGUCGGAGGUCGGCUCGGAGUCCACCCAAGUGCCUUACCGGGUGAUUGAGGACGGCGGCAACGUGAAGAUCAAGUGCCCCAACGCCGGUAAGGACUUCGCUCCCGAGGAGAUCAGCGCGCAGGUGCUGCGCAAGCUGACGGAGGACGCCGCCAAGUUCCUGAACGACAAGGUGGAGAAGGCGGUCAUCACCGUGCCCGCCUACUUCAAUGACUCCCAGCGCCAGGCCACCAAGGACGCGGGCAAGAUUGCCGGUCUGGAGGUGCUGCGCAUCAUCAACGAGCCCACCGCCGCCUCGCUGGCGUACGGCUUUGACAAGAAGGCCAACGAGACCAUCCUGGUGUUCGACCUGGGCGGCGGCACCUUCGAUGUGUCGGUGCUGGAGGUGGGCGACGGCGUGUUCGAGGUGCUGUCCACCAGCGGCGACACCCACCUGGGCGGUGACGACUUCGACAAGCGCAUCGUGGACUUCCUGGCUGAUGACUUCAAGAAGAGCGAGGGCAUUGACCUGCGCAAGGACCGCCAGGCACUACAGCGCCUGACCGAGGCGGCCGAGAAGGCCAAGAUUGAGCUGUCGGGAAUGGCCCAGACCUCCAUCAACCUGCCCUUCAUUACUGCCACCGCCGAUGGUCCCAAGCACAUCGACACCCAGCUGACCCGCGCCAAGUUCGAGGAGAUGUGCAACGACCUGCUGGAGCGCUGCAAGGUGCCGGUGCAGCAGGCCCUGCGCGAUGCCAAGCUGUCCAUCAGCGACAUUCAGGAGGUCAUCCUGGUGGGCGGCUCCACCCGCAUCCCCGCGGUGCAGGAGAUUGUGCGCAAGCUGUCGGGCGGCAAGGACCCCAACGUGACGGUCAACCCCGACGAGGUGGUGGCUCUGGGCGCGGCGGUGCAGGCCGGUGUCCUGGCCGGCGAGGUGUCGGACAUCGUCCUGCUGGACGUGACCCCGCUGUCGCUGGGCCUGGAGACCCUGGGCGGCGUCAUGACCAAGCUCAUCCCCCGCAACACCACCCUGCCCACCUCCAAGUCUGAGGUCUUCUCCACCGCCGCCGACGGUCAGACUUCGGUGGAGAUCAACGUGCUGCAGGGCGAGCGCGAGUUUGCCCGCGACAACAAGUCGCUGGGCACCUUCCGCCUGGACGGCAUCCCGCCCGCGCCCCGCGGUGUGCCCCAGAUUGAGGUCAAGUUCGACAUUGACGCGAACGGCAUCCUGUCCGUGACCGCCACCGACAAGGGCACUAGCAAGAAGCAGGACAUCCGCAUCACCGGCGCCUCCACCCUGGACAAGGGCGACGUGGAGCGCAUGGUCAAGGAGGCGGAGAAGUUCGCCGGCGAGGACAAGAAGCGCCGCGAGAGCGUGGAGACCAAGAACCAGGCGGAGACCAUGGUGUACCAGACCGAGAAGCAGCUCAAGGAGUUUGAGGGCAAGGUGCCGGCCGACAUCAAGGCCAAGGUCGAGGCCAAGCUGGGCGAGCUCAAGGCGGCGCUGCCGGCCGACGAUGCUGAGGCCACCAAGGCCGCCAUGAACGCGCUGCAGCAGGAGGUGAUGGCCAUGGGCCAGGCCAUGUACAGCCAGGCUGGCGCUGCGCCAGGCGGCGCCCCGGGCGCUGAGCCCGGCGCCGGUGCGGGCGCGGGUGGCGCCCCCGGCGGCAAGAAGGACGACGACGUCAUUGACGCCGAGUUCACUGACAAGAAGUAACGGCCUGCAUUGAGGCUGCUGGCUAGCUGACCGGGCAGGAUGGAUGGUGAUGGCGGCCGAGGGGUGCAUUGAGCGUGGGUGCUUGUAGUAAUGCGCUAUUUUGGACGUUGCCGCGGCAUAUCACUACCAAUCACUGCGGCCGUAGCCACGUCUGCUGUUGAGCGUGGUUGGCGCCGGUUGCGAUUGGGGCGCUGGAUGUGUAUUGAUGUUCUUUUGGUGGGUUUGGCUGUGUGUGCGUGCUCUGUUAACGGACGUUGCGCUCCUCGCGUGAUCUGCUGGGAGGCUUGUCGCGCCUUUGCCGUAUAAAUUUGGCUGCAAGUGUUUGGUUGCGGCUAGUCGACAUCUCCCAGCUGCCAGCGCUUGCAGCACGCUAUGUGCGUGCGACGGCGAGGUGCGGCUGGCGCAGGGAGCUGUGGCGUAUGACAUCUAUGACCUGCUAUACCUGACAUGAGUGUGGAGUGGAGUGAAGGAAUGGACAUGCAAAGCAAGCGUACACAGACAUUGCUUAGUAGGCUCCAGCCAUAUGUGGGCUUGAUGAGGGUGCAGAUUAGAGUAAGAGGCCGCAAGCACCUGUCGCAGUGCGCAGGCGGGCAUGCUUUGCGUGCACAAUCACAUAGGGAGUGAGGCGAGACCGAGUGAGCUACCCAGGGUAGCUGCGGAGGCAUGACGACGUUCUGGACAUGAAGUCGAGCGGUGUAAGGCUUCGCGGACUGAAUCCUAUAUAUUGGGUUGGGGCAUUUGGUUGGCCCUGACAAAUGCUGGCCCACACAAAGACAGUAGCGGGCAAGGCCAGAGCACAGCAUUCCCCCAGCUGUUUUGCAACUGUUUGCCGCAGCGUUCAGGUCGCGGUUCCUGUUUCACAGGGGACAACAGGGACACGGGUGCCGUCGACCAAACUUGGAAUGGGGUACGGGUCCCAUCGAGAAUGGUUCGUCUGUCCUAGGCGCUCACUCAACACAUUGCUUCGGCGUGUGGGGAGCCACGGAUGGCCCUAGUACCGUGGGGGCAUGUCGCACCCGUGGAGGGCACUGUAAAGGACCCAACAGCAAACUGGAUGGCACAGCGGCCAUUACACACAAAUAUUCACACAUACAUCAUGGGAUGGGGCCGAGGGGGGCGCCAAGCUCCAGCCGCCAAGCAAACCACAUAGAACCUCCACAAUGUGCCCAAGCUGGCUCAAGUGCUGUGCAGCUCUAGGGCUUUAGUUAAGCACUGGUCGGUGGAUAAUGGAGACUUGCAAAUCUCGGCGUUUGUGACGGGCGUUUGGGGCCCUGGAACCGCGGAGACUAAUGCGACUGCUGCAGCGACACGACGUCACGACCCCGUU